GAAACUUUGCCCAAACUCGUCAGUCACAGUAUGUGAAUAUAGUUUAUUACUAAUGUCUGAUGGUUACUGACUGAGCAGGAUGGACAACAUCAAACCUCUUUAGAAACUCAACUGACUUUAUGUUUUUUUGUUUUUUUUAAAGCCAUUUUUACGUCAUUUAAAUUUUUCCUGAUCGACCUUAUUGAUCAGAGAUGGACUCUGUUCAGUCAAAGAGAAGUCGCUGUGUCUGAAUCCAGCAUGAACUACAGCAGCUCUGAUUUCCAAACAGCAACUAAUAAGAUCUCUUCAUGUCCUGUCCCACUGAGGACUGCUGACCACCUCGGACAGACCAGACAUCAGUAAUCGAUGAUUUACGACGUGAGCAGUCAAAGGAUGAAGGUAUUUCAGGAGCUCAUUGGCCUGGUUGGUCUCAGAGUUCUUCAUGGCCAUAAAGAGGAACCUCCGAAUCCCCGUCCAAGCACAUAAAUACCCCAACAGAUUUCACUUUUUAGCCUGUGACUCCUUCUGUCAGUCCCUGCCGCCCUCCUCAUCGUCACUCUGUAGAGUCUGAAGCUAAAAAGAAGCCAAGAUGUCCGAGGGAAAGAAGAUGACAUCGAGCCGCAGGCAUCACCUCAAGAGUAUGAUACUGCAGAUCGCUGUCACCUGGCUGGAGCAGGAAGCUAGCGAAAUCGCAGCCGCCAAAGAAGCUUACAUGGCGGAGAAAUGCGCUGCCCCCAGCCUGAGCGGGGACCAGGCGGCUCUGGUGGAAAUCUGCAAAAAGCUGCACCAGUCCCUCGACAAGAUCGACGAGGACAGAUACGACGCCGCGGCCAAAGUGGAAAAGACAGACAAGGAGAUUGCGGAGUUGAAGCUGAAGGUGGUCGAGCUGGCCGGAGUGAAGAAACCCGCCCUGAAGAAAGUGCGUAUGUCCGCUGACGCCAUGCUGCAGGCUCUGCUGGGAGGAAAACACAAGGUGACCAUGGACCUGAGAGCCAACCUGAAGCAGGUCAAGAAGGAGGUCAAAGAGGAGGCGAACGAGGCGGUCGGCGACUGGCGUAAGAACAUUGAGGACAAAGCUGACAGGAAGAAGAUGUUCGAGACUUCCUAAAGACUUUCACUUCCUCUGGGCUACUACAACUCUUUCCAAUGUUACAUCUGACCUUUUUCAUGGAAUUGAAAAAAACUCGUGCCAUUAAAUGUUUUUUUUGGAAUAAGGCAA